AUCAUCUGAGUGAAUCUCUUAUUUAAGCAAAAAAAAAACAUCAUGAAAAGAGUUCAGGUCAUGGCAAGACUCUACAACAGCACAGUCAUGUUUUUUCUAGCCCAUUUGUACCUGAGAACCUUCCCCCAGGGUGUGCAGGUAAUCGGGCCAUUGCAAAGACCAGGUGUGUAGGGGCUGAACGUAUGACCUUUUCCCUGCUGACUGGUACAUUUGGGUUGGCCCAGUGCCCGUGCACCCCCUUCCCCCACUACCACUAGCUUGUGAUUGGCCAUUGGAGGUCACUGAUCACACCUUUCUUGCACCUUGGAGGAGCACCCUGCAAUUUAAGAGGGGUCUUUAGGAGUCCUUGUUUUUACAGUUCUUCUCCUCACGCCUUUCUUCAGCUCUCCCCUCACGUUUUUUUUUGUCCCAGGCCAGUGUUUGCCGACAGACGUCUCUCUGGUCUGUUUAUAGGGCGAGUUUAGUUUGGAAGAGUGAAAGCAGAUAAGCUGCUUUACCUUGGCUUGCAGGAAUCCUUCGGCCAACUCUUGACACCGGCACUCUGGGACUCGCAGGCCCUACAGCCUGCUAAGGAUCACUCAUCUCUGUCAAGAGCUUGUCCGACAGACAGCGUUCUUCACGAGAUGAAAGGCUCUCCAGCCAUUUGAGGAGCAGGGAGAAUCUCCGAAUCACUCACUUUCCAGCUCAAGCGAAAAAGGAGUCUUCUUGUUUGACAACAAGCGAGCUUGACCCAGGGAAUAGACAAUGGUGUGUUUGACAGCAGUGCUAACGCUGCUGCUAGCUAGCCUCUCUGAGCCUCUUCCACUGGAACAUCUCAGGCACUUAGACUGGCAGAGAGGAAUGCGGCCUGGGGAGCGGUGCCCCACAAAGUGCCAGCCUGAACAGUGCCCGGACGCCAGGCUGCUGCAGAGCUGCGUGUCGGGGCAAGUCCGUGACCCGUGCGGGUGCUGCUGGGAGUGUGGGAACGGAGAGGGUCAGCUGUGUGACCCUGAACCCUGGAGCGGGUCCACCUUCUUUGGGCGCUGUGCCGAGGGCCUGCGCUGUAAAGCCUCUCGGAAGGACACCACAGGCAAGGAAGAGCCCAAGCCGGUGUGCGUGUGCUCCAAGCAGGAGAUGCUGUGCGGCUCGGAUGGGAAGACGUACGAAAACGUGUGCCAGCUGCGGGCGGUCCAGCGCAGGCUAGGCGAGCGGCAGAAGCUCACCAUGGCGCAUCAUGGACCCUGCAAAGCAAAGCCAAUCAUCACCUACGCCCCGCGUGACAUCAUCACUCUGGAGGGAAGCGAUGUUCUCCUUUCCUGUGAGGUUUCGUCGUACCCGCUGGCGACCAUCCAGUGGAGGAAAGAGGGGGACGGCGUCUUCCUAAGUGGCGAUGAUUCUAGCAGGGCCGUACAGGCGCGAGGAGGCCCGCGGCGCUUCGAGCUCACCGGCUGGCUCCAGAUCCAUGGGGUCGGGCCCAGCGAUGCGGGCGUGUACACGUGCGCCGCCAGGAACGCCUUCGGUGAGGUGUCUGCCUCCGCCAGAUUACGGGUUAUGUACAGAGGAUCUCAGCAAGCCAGAGAGCUUCCCAAACGAAUAAAUGAAGCCCACCGCACGUCUAUCAAUGAGGCCGAGAGUGAAGACGAUGAAGAUUAUGAGGGACGGUCAAGUGGAUAUAUGUAUUUGUAAAAUAUUAUAAUUAUGAGAUAAAAUGAGAAAAUGUAAUGUUUUGUUAUGAUCCGAGGCCUGUCUGAAAAAUAGACCCUUUACAGCGUCACUUUUAAACACUUUUAUAAAUACUGAUGUCUUCUCUAAGUAAGUACAUUUUGUUUGAGCACUGUAAAUAAAUACUUAAGUUUUUAUACUCA